AGUGCAUCCGGUCUCCAUUGCCGGAGUUAGAGUUCUAGUGUGGUACUAGUUCUGGCCAUACUGUUAAAAAUCUCUUUCAUCUUUUAGCAUCCAUUUUCGUUCUGUUCUUCUAGCUACUGGUGCAUUUAGGUCUGGUCAGCAAUCCAAAAUGCCGCUCCCUGUUGCACUGCAGACCCGCUUGGCGAAGAGGGGCAUCCUCAAACAUCUGGAGCCUGAGCCAGAGGAAGAGAUUAUUGCUGAGGACUAUGAUGAUGAUCCUGUUGAUUAUGAGGCCACCCGAUUAGAGGGCCUGCCACCGAGCUGGUACAAGGUGUUUGACUCUUCUUGUGGACUCCCAUACUACUGGAAUGUGGAGACAGACCUUGUGUCCUGGCUCUCACCACAUGACCCCAACUUUGUCGUCACCAAAUCUGCCAAGAAACUCAGGAACAGUAAUUCAGAUGCUGAGGAGAAGUUGGACCGGAGUCAUGAGAAGCUGGACAGAAAUCAUGAGAAGUCAGAUCGGAGUCAUGAGAAGCCAGAUAGGAGCCAUGACAAGGCAGACCGAAACCAAGAGAAGCCUGAGCGAGAACGAGAGCGGACGUACGACAAAGUGGACAGAGAGAGAGAUCGGGACAGGGAACGGGAUCGGGAACGGGGGUAUGACAAGGCAGACCGCGAAGAGGGCAAAGACAGACGCCAUCAUCGCAGAGAGGAGCUGGCUCCUUACCCCAAGAGCAAGAAGGCAGUGAGCCGGAAAGAUGAAGAAUUAGAUCCCAUGGACCCCAGCUCAUACUCAGAUGCACCCCGGGGCACAUGGUCAACAGGAUUACCCAAGAGGAACGAGGCCAAGACGGGGGCUGACACAACAGCAGCUGGGCCCCUCUUCCAACAGCGGCCAUACCCUUCCCCGGGGGCUGUGCUCCGCGCCAAUGCCGAGGCUUCCCGAACCAAACAGCAGGACUGAGCCUUUGUUCCCUGUAGCUUUGGCAGUUUGUCUGUCUUUCUUCCGUGUGGCUCUGGGGAUAGAACCCAUAGUUUUGCACAUGCUGAAUUAUUCUACCAGUGAGCUACACUCCCGGCCCCCUUGUUUCUAAUAGCUUUUUUUUUUUUUUUUUUUUUUUUUUGUGGAUCAUAUCCAUGAGGCUUGAGUGCUCUCUUUGUUCAUUCUUUCCAAUGCAAGUUGACAAGGUGUAAAACAUUUUAUUUGUAGAAACUCACCUAAGAAAUACUGCAAAGGUAGCAGAAGUUGAGGUGGGCCCAUUAACAGGUUAGUCAUGAAAGCCUAUGUGGGGCAGGGCUGGUGGGGACAGGGAGGUCCCAUGCCUCCCUCACCACACCCCUAAUACUGAUAAGUUUAGUCCCAGCUGGACCAGGGCAAGAAGGGAGAACGAAGGCAGGCCUGUGUCUUCAGUUCCAGCAGCUACGAACCCUUCACCUUGGUGAGCAACCUGUGGUGAAAAUGGGAAGGAAAGAAAAACACAAAAAGCUGGGGUGGGCUAGCAGGUGGGUAUCCUGAGCAAGGGAGGGUGGUGAUAGUGAGCUAGUAAUCCUGGGGUUAAUGAUGGUGCUUGUGUGGAAAGAGCAGGCCCCUGCAUCAGAAAGCUACACAUGGACUAAAUAAAUACAACAUCUUUAUUUGGCA